AUGAGGCGGAGGCUGCUGGACAUCAUCCACCGCUUCUACCUCGACGCCAUCUCGCGGCUGCCCCCCGCCGAGUUCAGGAGGACCACCGGCCUCGCACGGGGCCUCCACGUCGGUGGCCACUGCUUCGGUCCGCUCCAUCCCGUCCACAACAUCGUCGUCAACUCCAUCUGGUACGCCGCCGCCUUUCCCGUCCGACGGCCCGCCGGCAGCGACGACGAAGAUGAGGCCAACGCACUGCUUAGCACCGACGGCAUCGCCCGUAUCUGCCACCGCUCUCUCGACGGGCUCGUGGCCGCCCUCCGCGACCUGUGCCCAUCCCUCUCCAACGGUGAUGCUCUGUGGCGGCUCUUCUCCACUAGCGCUGACCUCACCGCUGCCGUCGCACUGGCAAACGGGGUCAGCAAAUCAAUCAACUACCUCUCCAAAGUGCUGGUGCCGUCAUCACCACAUGAACCUUCUGUAUCGCCUCUCAUGUUAAGCGCACAAGUCCUUGACUGCAUUGCAUCUCAGAAGCAGCAAUUUAAGGGCAUAGGAAAUCAAGUGGUUAAUGUUGUCAACAUGGCACUGCAACAAUACACUCAACGGUCUGGUGAACAGCUGAAGCUUCAUUCUGUGUGUGGUGCUAGUCUGCUAAUGGAGGAGGGACUAGAGAAUUGUUACCACAUCAAUUUCCUGGCGUACCACGAGGGCUCUGGUUCCGCAGUAGGCGCCCCUGUGCUCUUCUUCACUGAGGCAAUUAUUCUUUCUUGUUAUGAGACUGAUAUCCGCCUAUGUGUGCCAGUUGAUCCGGUCACAGACAUUGGCUGCUGCUUUGCUUGUGAGAGCAACAGGAAGAUGGUUGUGCACCCCUGUUAUGAUGAAUACCUUGGUGGCCUUGAAUUUCAAGAGGAUGAAGUCGACUAUGGCAGUGAUUUUCCAAGUCCCUUGGAUGUGGACUAUAUCUUUUUUGAUGCUGAUAGAGACAGCGCUUUUGCAAAUUACUUGUGGAGGGACAGCACGGAUCAUUGAGGUUGGCUGUUAGGAGUGGUGUCAUGCUGUUAAUCUUUGGAACCUGGAAGACAAACCAUAGGGGUUGUUUGGGUGUCUUUGUGGAAGCAACUAAGCAAGUGCGAUAUGACAAUUAAGACAUGACCUAUUGAUUUCAUCUUUUCUUAACAUUUAUUUGAUUAAUUUUAUUCAUCUAGGCAUUAAUUGUAAGAUAGGUCAAUAAGAUAUGACUUAUUGUAGAACAUGUUUUGUUAUUUUAUCUGACGUGGAAUGCAUAAGAGAAUGCAGUCCCCUUGGAGCAACUCCAAGAGAUCUCCUAGAUCCCCUAUAAGACCCCUAAUAAUAGCUAAAUUUAGGGAUUUUGGCUCAAAAACGUGCUCCAGCGGUGCCCCCAUCUCAUCCCCCAUAUGGAGCAGCACCCCAAAUCGGGGUCGGGAUCCCCCAUCCGUCAACCGUCUAGCCGGAAAUCUCCCUCCCGCUGAAUCCUUUGCUUCGCCCAGCCAUCUUCUCCUUCUCUGCUUUCUUCGCCGCCGGCAGCCGCUGGAGAUUGGGACAAGAGGAGGCUGGGGAAUUGGUAACGGGCAGCGGCGCUGGGCAAGGGCACCGUCCGGCGCUGGCCAUGGACGGCAGCGGCGCUGGGCUUGGGCGGCGCAUAGCAUGGGGAGGAGGGAAGGGGCGGAGGGGCGGAGUUGGGCAGCCUGGGCUAGGGUGGCUGCCGGCGUUGAGCAAGGGAUUGGGGAGUAGAGAGCGAAGCUGGGGCUGGGCAUGGCGCAGGAGCAGGGGCGCAGGUGGCCGGCGGCGCUGGGGGCUGGCAAGGUGCGGAGGCAGGGGAUUGGGAGGAGGGAUAGUGCAGCUGGGUUGGAAAUGAGAUAGAGAUGAUAAUGCAUUGCUAUUUGUAUCAUGUUUGCAUCUGACUUUGUAAAUUGGAGCAAAUUUCUGUAAAUUUAGCACUAAUAUUUGUUUUGCAUUCCAUUUAUGAAAUUAUAUGGUGUUGUGAUGUAUUCUCAAGAUGAAAUAUAGCGG